CUGGGUGACAACAUGAUCGACCAAUCAACCAACAUGUCAUGGUACAAGGGCCCAACUUUGUUGGGAGCACUCGACAACGUCAACGAGCCAGUCAGACCAGUUGAGAAGCCACUCAGAAUCCCACUCCAAGACGUCUACAAGAUCUCUGGUAUCGGAACAGUCCCAGUCGGAAGAGUUGAGACUGGUGUCCUCAAACCAGGUAUGUUCCUCACCUUCGCCCCAACCGGUGUCACCUCUGAAUGCAAGUCAGUCGAAAUGCACCACGUUGCUCUUACCCAAGCUAUUCCGGGUGACAACGUCGGAUUCAACGUCAAGAACUUGACUGUCAAGGAUAUCAAGAGAGGAAACGUCGCUUCUGAUUCCAAGAACAAGCCAGCCUCAAAGACUGAGUACUUCAAGGCUCAAGUCAUCAUCAUGAACCACCCAGGUCAAAUCAGAAAGGGAUACACCCCAGUCCUCGAUUGCCACACUUCCCACAUUGCUUGCAAAUUCUUCCACUUGGAAGCCAAGAUCGACAGAAGAACUGGUAAGGCUGAAGAAGGUGUCCCAGAAUUUGUCAAGAACGGAGACUCCGCCAUCAUCGACAUCCUCCCAACCAAGCCACUCUGUGUUGAGACUUUCACUGAGUACCCACCACUCGGAAGAUUCGCCGUCAGAGAUAUGAAACAAACCGUCGCAGUCGGUGUUGUCAAGGCCGUUUUCGCUCCAUCAGACGAUGCCACUAAGUUCUUGCAAGAACACGGUGAAGCCACCAAGGCUGCUGCCAAGGGUGGUAAGGCCGGUGCCAAGGCUGCUCCAGCUAAGAAAUAA